AUCAGGAUUACUCGAACCCCUCAUGAGUACAACGUCCACCAUCUUACUUAUCCCCCGGCCCUUCGCCAGGCUUGCCGGCGCCUUUACCCUUGUCCCAUUACUUCCAAGCCCAAAGCCGAAAAAAGUUCUCCCAGCAGAGAUAUGGGCCGAAGUCUUCAGAUGUGUAUUGGAACAGGAAGACGGCGCAGCCCUACUCUGGACACUCGUCAAAACGAGUAGAGGCUUUAUGGAGUCUGCACUUCCUCUCGCAUAUCAGCGCAUCGAGAUAUCCACUGUCUCCAAGCUAGAAAAAUUUUACACUACACUGUAUUCUGCAGACCAGAAAUGGGACAACAUUCGUAGGAUUCCUUACUCUGCACCUGGACGAUGGGUCCAGGUACUUGAUCUUUCCAACUUGACGUUUACAGGGCAUGCACAGGCGUUGCUUCUGGACUCAUUGCUCACUCAGUUAUUCCCCUUGACACCGUUUUUAUCCCACUUUUCUAUCAACCCUGCGUUUACGCUCAGUCGCCGUGCAUUGAUGGCUCUGGGAGACAGGGAAGGCGCUAUCAACAUCAAGUCGCUGGAAGGAAUAAGUCAUGUUCCUGGCGCGUCUCUGGCUGGAUCUCUGACCGAAGAGGAACCCAUUACUUGGCUGCUUCGAAAUUGCCCCACACUGCAGGAGCUCGAGGUCGUCGGUGGAGGCCUUGACCCUUCGGAAUCAGAAUGGUCAUUCGAGGCCACGGAGUUAUCCGUUUUGCAGUCAUUCAAGCCCUUAUCAUUACCUAACCUUCGCAUUUUGACAUUGCUAUCAAUUCAUUCAGCUUCUCUUCUGCACACCUUACUUCUCUCGCCACUCCCUGCUCUGUCCAAGGUAACCAUUACACCGUACGAUGAUAUCCCGUACCCAGCUUCCCUGGCGUCGCAGUUCAUUACAACCCAUGGACUCAAUCUUCGUUCGCUGUUGUUAUUCACACCAAAGUCGUGGCCUACAAGACUACGCCCUUCUCCCCGGACAUUGUUGCUGACAUGUCCGAAACUACGGCAUCUAUCACUGGAACAUCCCCUGCCGUCCCUUCUUACCACAGAGCCUCAUCAGCUGCAGUAUUUAUCUAUACCGCGUCCAAGUAGUCCUUCAUGGGAACUACUUUUUCCUCUUCUUCAGCAGCUACCUAAUCUAUGUGCUGUGAGGAUCAGGGAUGUUCGAUGGCUUCGGAAAGGAAUGAAUGCUCGGGCGCAGGAGGCAGGGGUGCAAGGUGAAAUGAGGGAAUGGAGACGAAGAUUGGCGCGAAGAGGUGUUAAGUUAUUGGAUUCUGACUGGAAGGACAUCGAGGUAUAAUUGUUAUACCAUGAGAUCUUAUAUUUCUGACUUACUUAUCUACACCCUACUCAUUGUAUUUGUGUCAACCUAACUAAUAUAUUUUGCUCUGUAGCGUUAAAAUCUCAUGUAUAUUUAUUAAUCACUGUGAAGCUCCCAAUCUAAUACAUGAAGACACCCUUCACCUCCAGAUAGUCGGGAAUUGUCUUCCUCAUAAUGAACCCGUUCUUCUCAAACACUCUAACGCUGCCUUGGUUGCCUUCAAAAGUGGUGCCAAUCAUACGACGGACUCUCAUCCUUGGUAUUGCCCAGUUCUCUAGGAGCGUUGCGUAUACAUCUGUC